UUGUUUGCAUCUUCGUCAGCUUAUUCGUUUGCAGACGGGAAAAAUUGCGAACGGCUAUCAAAAUACUGAUUCAAAAUAUACAUCUUUCACUGGACACACAAAUUGGGUGUGCGCAGCAAAAUUCAGCCCUAAUGGCCAGUUAAUUGCAUCGUGCGGCGACAAGUUAAGAAUUUGCGGUACAUCUUCAGGCGAAUGUGUGCGAACGUUCACCUGGGAAGAGCCGAAGGCGAGCUAAUACAGUUGUGUCAAGUGCAUUCUUCGCCGGAGAAUGAUGUUGCAUUUCACCCAGGUGGAAAUUUCUUGGUGACUGGCGGCGAUGACGAUACAAUAACAUUGCUUGAUUUAUUAGAAGUUGCUCGUUUGGAAAUCUAAUUUGCAUACAUUUGAUGCCAAUAGCUUUCGCAACAAACAAGCCAGUUCUCAAAGAGUCCAAAUUGAUUUUAGUCAUGCAACUCCGCCAUAGACACACCAGUUGCUGGAGUACGAAAAAUCUGUGGUGACAGUAUUUUAAUUGAUCAAUGACAAUCGGUGGCAUAUGGAAUGCGUGAUGGAAAUUUUCUGGUGCUUGAUAGCCGAUAUACUACAAGAGUGAAACGCUACAAGUGAAACGCUGAGAUAGUAAUUUUUCUUAAAUUUCCAUCUUUUAUUUGCAGUUACAUUAAGAAGCUAAUAGAGGGCAGAGCUGUUGGUGAGGAAGGUGUCGAGUUACUGCAGUACUGCAACUGGGAAAAUCCACAUUUCGCACGUGCCCCACUCGUAUGGAAUAGUAGCUUAUGUCAAAAGGCUGGUUUUAGUAUAAUGCGGCAUUCGCAGCAUACCCUCACUG